AUGGGAGCUGAAGUGGACUCCUUGUAUAAAUCUUUACCCAAGGCAUACGCACUGCUGAGUGGUCAAGACCCCAUGUAUCGCAAGAUGACACAGCCUGUUUCGACCUAUGAAUGCUGGAGAAAAGAUAUUCUGGUCCCCGGCUCGGUUCGAGUCAUUAUGACUGAGAACGGAAAGCCGCGCACACACUUGGAAUCGCAAGUCCAUAGUCGCGCGUGCUCUGCUGGGGGAAUGUUUGCAAUGGGUGGCACUCUCUUCAAUAUUCAGAUUCAUCGACAGAUUGCCCACAACUUAGUGGACGGAUGUGUAUGGGCUCACAAUGCCAUGCCUUUAGACGACCCCAUGCGCAUCGCAAAUAACCUGUCCGUGGAACGAAUGGCAUUGGAAGCAAGAAGUCUACAAAUGGACAAUCAACCGACCCGACCCAACCCAAACUUGGAUGUUGAGAAGUACAUUCGGGAACAUCAUGUCCCCAAGGGGUUUAUUGCCAUUCCCGACACUCGAUACAAUUUACGACCGGAGACUGUCGAGAGCAUAUUCGUUCUUUACCGAGUCACCGGCCGAGAAGACCUUCUUGAUAUCGCGUGGGAAAUCUUUGAGAAGAUUCAGAACGCCACCGAGACUUCCGAAGCCAACGCGGCUAUUGUUGAUGUCACAACAAACGGCGAGCCAGUUCACAAUGACUCCAUGGAGAGCUAUUGGAUGGCCCAGAUCCCCAAGUACUUCUACCUCAUGUUUAGUCCACCAGACAUUCUGAGCUUAGAUGAAUAUGUUUUCAACUCCGGUGGGCACCCACUGAAGCUUUCGGAACAUACAGAGGCGGGUUUUGAACCACAAUGA